AUGGCUACUCUAGAGGAAUUGGCAGCGCAACAGCUUCCAGGGGAUGAGGAGAUUGAUAAUGAGAUUUUAAAUCUCCCCACAUCUGAACUUCAGACAAGAACAAAACUCUUGGAUAACGAGAUUAGAAUCUUCAGGUCAGAAUUGCAGCGUCUAUCGCACGAAAAUAAUGUUAUGCUCGAAAAGAUCAAGGAUAAUAAAGAGAAGAUUAAGAAUAAUAAGCAACUUCCAUAUCUGGUGGCGAACGUUGUUGAGAUCAUGGAUAUGGAUGAGCUGGAUGAUGAACAGCAUAACGAAUCUACGACGCAGGGGGGCAACGUUAACUUGGAUAACAUCGCGGAAGGGAAAGCUGCUGUGGUAAAGACAUCAUCUAGACAAACUGUGUUUCUUCCCAUGGUAGGCCUUGUCGAACCAGAUAAGUUGAAACCAAACGAUCUAGUAGGUGUGAACAAGGACUCUUACCUCGUACUAGACACUCUACCCUCCGAAUUUGAUUCCCGUGUCAAGGCAAUGGAGGUGGACGAAAAACCUACAGAAACCUAUUCCGAUGUCGGUGGAUUAGAUAAGCAGAUCGAAGAAUUAGUGGAGGCCAUUGUCCUUCCCAUGAAACAGGCAGAGAAAUUUAAAGAUAUGGGAAUAAAGGCCCCAAAAGGUGCUUUGAUGUACGGUCCCCCAGGUACGGGUAAAACCCUUCUUGCAAGGGCAUGUGCAGCUCAAACAAAUGCCACUUUUCUAAAGUUGGCUGCCCCUCAGCUUGUGCAAAUGUUUAUAGGUGAAGGUGCCAAACUAGUGCGUGACGCUUUUGCACUUGCCAAGGAAAAAGCCCCCGCUAUCAUAUUCAUUGACGAGCUGGAUGCCAUUGGUACCAAGCGUUUCGAUUCCGAGAAAUCUGGUGACAGAGAGGUCCAGAGAACUAUGCUUGAGUUGCUAAACCAGCUGGAUGGUUUCGGCUCAGACGACCGUGUAAAGGUCUUAGCUGCUACAAAUCGUGUUGACGUUUUAGAUCCUGCUUUAUUAAGAUCUGGUAGACUUGACAGAAAAAUCGAAUUCCCACUACCUACGGAAGAUGCCAGAGCUCAAAUCUUACAAAUUCAUUCGAGGAAAAUGACCACUGAUGACUCUAUUAACUGGCAAGAAUUAGCAAGAUCUACUGACGAAUUCAACGGUGCUCAGUUGAAGGCCGUUUCCGUCGAGGCUGGUAUGAUUGCAUUACGGAACGGACAAUCUCAAGUAAAGCACGAAGAUUUUGUGGAAGCCAUAGGCGAAGUGCAAGCCAGAAAAUCCAAGUCUGUAUCAUUCUAUGCUUAA